AUGAACACGCUUCUUCAUCGGGCCAUUAGCACGGCUCCAGAAAUCGACAGGAUUGUCGAAGUAACCCGACAAUCCCCUUUGACUCAAUGGAUCUUGCGAGCCGCCAUCCCGAACGUCAAGCUGAAACUCCCAACCUACCUGGGAGACAAAGACCCCGUCCAAUUCAUGACGUCCUUCAUGGCAACCAUGACAAAGGCACGAUUCACCGAAGAACAGAGGGAUGUUGGUUUUUGUCAGCUGUUCGUCGAUAGCCUCUCCGGCCCUGCCUUGGUAUGGUUCACAAGGCUCGAACCAAGUUCAAUCGAUAACUUUGACCAGUUAUCUACAGCUUUUCUUAAGCAUUGUCGAAUUCUCAUCGAACGAGGCGUGACGAGCUCUGACCUUUGGGAGAUGACCCAGGAACUCGGCGAGUCCAUCGGCAGUUUCCUGAGCAGAUUCAAGGAAAAGCUAACGCGCGUCACCGUCCCAGAGGAUGCCGCAAUGGCGGCCUUUAGAAAGGGGUUGAUUCCCGGGUCGCCAUUACGAAAGGAUCUUCACAUACGGGAGCCCAAGGACCUCGACGACGCGCUACAUCGAGCCUCCAGAUUCGCGCUCGACGAAGAUAAAGACGCCCAGUUAGCCGCAAAAAUAGUCGGGCAACCGUCGCACCCCCCUAAGGCUAAAAGUCGGGACGAGCACCAUGAACCUCGCAAGCAUCACGACCCCCAAGCGGUCUCCGAAGUGGAGGACCAAAACAAACAGUCAUCCGACCCAAAGGACCUGUACUGCGACUUCCACAUGAUCGCCAGCCAUUCCACACACGAAUGCGUCCAUCUCAAGAAUUUCCUGUACGGAAAGUAUCUGUCCGGCAAAGUCGAAGCCACCUUUCAGCCCAAGAGCAUUCGUGGAGGCAGAGGCCGCAGAGGAGGAUGA